CGUCGCGUUCUUUUCUUUUUGCACGAUUAGAAUCCAGUUAGUCAGUAACUAACCUCCGGAAUUGUGACGUCCAAGUCGCGUUCUGGCUACAUAGGGAAGCAAGCAAGCAAGCAAAAAAAAAAGGGUCGUCGGUCAUUCGCGCGACAAGUCACCGUCUUUUUUGUUUGUGUGACUACAACUUGCCCUAAGUGCGUUAGCCCUAAUUAAAGGCAUUAGUAGUUAACAAAAAAGGGCACGAUAACACGAGGGUCUGUCGCAAGUGCCACCGUUUUUAAUUAGUCUCGCGAAGUUGUAGAGUUCAGAAGGUUGUGAAAUAUUCACAAGUAGGAACGCCGGAAACCCCCGUUUGUGCUAACUUGUAGGGAAAAAAGCGACGACCUGUCACGGAAAAAUCGAUACCAAAAUCGACGACGAGGAAAAGCCAAGUGCUCGUGGUAGAAGGAAACGAGGGUGGCAGUGUCGGGACAGGUCCAGUGUGGUGUGCGGUAAAGUGGUGAAAUGUCCGCCGGAAAGGAGGAGGACCCGGUCCGGCUGGAACCGAGUGCCGGCAAGAAGGUGGUCAGCGUCAUUCCGAAGCAACGACAGGAACUGCUCAAAUGGAAUGGUUGGGGCUACAAAGAUUCCAGCUUUCAGUAUGUGGACGACACGUUGGUGUUCACCGGGAGUCGCUACCCCAUCGGCGGUUCCAUCUCCCUACCGUACUUCAAAGACUACGUGGAGAAAUACCUGAACGUGAACCUCAAGAACAAACAGCGCGGAAAUCCGCUACCACCCGACUAUCCGGAUCCGGUGCCGUGUCCGGAGUUUCUGGCAAAACUUCGCGAGCUCGGAAUCGACCUGAGUCAAAGGGGGGAAGAUCGGUUGAUCCGGUGCCACGGCCAGACACUGCACGACAUCUACACGCUGCGAACGGGGACGUUCAAGCGAAUUCCGGAUGUUGUACUGUUUCCCACCAGUCACGACCAGGUGGUGCAGAUCGUUGGCUGUGCGAACGAGUGCAACGUGGUGGUGAUUCCGUACGGAGGUGGGACUUCCGUUUCCGGGGCGUCCACGUGUCCGGAGCGGGAAGACCGGCCGAUUGCCGUGCUGGAUACGAGCCAGAUGAACCGGAUGUUGUGGGUUGACCGGGAGAAUCUGGUGGCGUGCUUUGAAGCGGGGAUCGUUGGACAAGACCUGGAGCGGGAGGUACGAGCGCUUGGGUUCACCACUGGCCAUGAACCGGACAGUUACGAGUUUUCGACGCUCGGAGGUUGGGUCGCCACCAGGGCGUCCGGAAUGAAGAAGAACAAGUACGGAAACAUUGAAGACAUCGUGGUCAAGGUGAAGAUGGUGACUUCAAAGGGAGUCCUGGAGAAGAACGUGUUCGUCCCGCGGAUAUCGUGCGGCCCGGACUUUGACCACAUCAUCCUGGGCUCGGAAGGUUCCCUUGGAGUGAUAACCGAGGUUGUGAUAAAGUUACGUCCAUUACCGGAGGUGAAAAAGUACGGCUCGCUCGUUUUCCCCGACUUUGGCACCGGCAUCCGGUGUCUGCGGGAGGUCGCCAAGGAACGACUCCAGCCGGCCAGCAUCCGCCUCAUCGACAACGAGCAGUUCGUGUUCGGCCAGGCACUCAAACCUCAAGGGGGCGCGUUCUCGGGCCUCGCAAGUGCACUCCAGAAGAGCUACAUCACCAAAGUGAAGGGCAUGGCCCUCGACAAGAUCGCGAUCGCUACGCUGGUCUUCGAGGGCACCGCCGCCGACGUGAAGCUCCACGAACGGAAAAUUUUCGCGAUCGCCAGCAAACACGGCGGCUUCUCCGCUGGCAGUACCAACGGCGAGAAGGGUUACAUCCUCACCUUCGUGAUCGCGUACAUCAGGGAUCUGGCCCUCGAGUAUAACGUGGUGGCGGAGUCAUUCGAGACUUCCGUCUCCUGGGAUCGCUGCGAGACGCUGUGCGUGAAUGUGAAGAAUCGCGUCAGGAAGGAAUGUGCCAAACACAACAUCCACCACUACCUCAUCUCGUGCCGCGUGACGCAAUCGUACGACGCGGGCGCGUGCGUGUACUUCUACUUCGGGUUCAACUACAGUGACUUUGCCGAUCCGGUGCACGUGUACGAGACGAUCGAGGCCCACGCCCGGAACGAAAUCCUCGCGUCCGGUGGGUCCAUCUCGCACCACCACGGCGUGGGGAAGAUCCGCUCGCGGUGGUACCCGCAGACGGUGUCCCGCGUCGGGGUGGGACUGUACCAGGCCGCCAAGGUGGAGCUGGAUCCGAAGAAUAUCUUCGCCACCGGGAACUUUCUGCCGGCCAAGGACGACGACGCUGCUCAGCUGCUUGCCAAGCUGUAAAAUGUUGCUGGAAAUUUGCUGCUCAGGGACGAUGCUCACACACACACACACACACAUGGACUCACACAUACACACAUAGACAAACAGACACAGAGUUGCUUAGAACAGUGUUUUAGCUUAGGCGGUUCUCUUUCUUAUGUUGUUUUUUUGUCAAAUAACAAUCGGUAUUCAGUUUACUUUUGGUGUAACCAGCAAUAACAUUCCACAUUUCCAUGUACCAUGCUCUGAAAUGCUUUUACAAAUAGACAAUUAAAUAUGUUAGACACGUGGCUUAGAAUCGCUAGCAAUAAAUUAUUACACUAGUAAAAAGGG